GUGCCAUGACACGAUGCUUACAGUGGAGCACACGACGUUGCAUCUGCGCCAAGAAGGAAAUUGUAUAAGAGAUGGAGACCCCAGGUUCCGGCUUUAUUUGACAAGGACUUGCUACUUCGUUCCUCGAAGACGAUUUGACAACCAUGGCACCCUUGGAUCACAAAGACGGUGCAAUUGAGCAUGCACCCCAGACCAUGGAGCACACCAAGCUUAGUGGAGCUGGACUGGCCGCCAGCCUGAGCCCGGAGAGGAGGGUCGAGGUCGAGAAGACGCUGAAGCGCAAGCUGGACAUGCGAUGCUCAUUGUUCGUCCUGAUCUACAUCAUGAACUAUUUGGAUCGCAACAACAUUGCUGCGGCGCGUCUUGGAGGACUGCAAAAGGACCUGAACAUCAACAACACGCAGUACGCGACGUGCUUGUCCAUUCUCUACGUCGGGUACAUUCUUAUGCAAAUUCCGUCCAACAUGAUCAUCAACCGCGUCCCCCGCCCGUCCAUCUACAUUGGCUGCGUCAUGUUGGUUUGGGGCAUGAUCUCCACUCUCUCAGGAAGCGUGCACAACUUUGCCGGCAUGAUCACAAUCCGUUUCUUCAUCGGUUUCGUAGAAGCUGCCUUCUUGCCCGGCGCCCUACUCAUCCUCUCUAAGUGGUACACGAGGCGCGAACUCACGCUUCGAAACGCCAUCCUCUUCUGCGGCAACCUCAUCUCCAACGCCUUCUCAUCCCUCGUCGGCGCUGCUGUUCUUGGAAACAUGGAAGGCGUUCUCGGCCAUCGUGCGUGGCGCUGGCUGUACUGGAUCGAGGGCGCCGUCACAAUGGCCAUCGCCAUCUCGGCUAUCUUCAUCCUGCCCGAUCUCCCACACAACACACGCGGCUUUACCGAAGAGGAGCGCGCCGUAGCUGUAUUGAGGAUCACAGAGGAUGCGGGUGAGGCCGAUGUCGAUGACUCUGAGGAUUCCGCGUUCGCCGGCCUUUUUAUGGCCGUGAAGGACACCAAAAUUUACAUUAUGAUGUUGACGUUCACCGCCUACGUCGUGGGCCUAUCCUUCAACGCCUUCUUCCCCACGCUCACAGGCACACUGGGCUUCGCUCGCAUCCCCACGCUGCUCAUGUCCGCGCCCCCGUGGGCCUUCGCCUGCGUCGUCUCGCUCAUCAACGCCUGGCACGCCGACCGCCAGCAAGAGCGUUUCUGGCACAUUGUAGGCCCAAUCAUUGGGGGAUUAGUCGGUUUCGUCAUUUCUAUGUGCACGACCAACACGGCGGCGCGCUACGUCGCCCUCUUCCUCCAAGCCUCCGCCUACGCCGGCUUCAUCGUCUUCUACUCGUGGAUCUCCUCCUCAUUCCCGCGCCCACCCGCCAAGCGCGCCGUCGCGAUCGCCAUGAUCAACGCCUUCUCCCAGCUCGGCAACAUUGCCGGCUCGUAUGUCUGGAACAUGUCGGACAACGGGUACAGGAAGAGCUACGGCGUUGUGCUGUCCAUGUUUUGCGUUACGAUCCUGGGCUGCUUCAUCUUUAGGACUGUGCUUGUCAGACUGAAUAAGCGCCUGGAUGAUGGGGAUGAUGUGUGGGUUGUGAGGGAUAAUGUGGCGGAGCAGACUGCUGCGACUGCGGGUGUGGAUAUUGAGGAGGGCCAUCGCUUGAUGAAGGGGUAUAGGUAUCUUGUUUAGAUGCGGGGGGUUUAAAUGAAUCAGUAUGAGUAAUGAGACAAUUGAAACACGUUCACG